AUGGAGAAGUAUAGAGUGGCCUUAAUGGCCCUUUGUUCUCUGGGUCUCGCGCUAGAGACUGCCGGACAGAGCGCUAGCUCUGACGCGCCUCCUGUUGCCACCGCGACCCCUAGUCCAACUGGUGGACUUAACGAACCUCUGCCUUCACAAGUCCCUGUGCCUCCCAGGCAAGAGUGGUGCACUUCGGAGAUCUUCUGUGCUGGCCCGCUCCUGCAAACCGUCAACAUCGCGCAUGUCUAUCCAGACGACAAGACAUUUGUAGACAAGCCAACCAGCAAGCCGCCUCAAGAAGUGUUGAACGAUUUCCGAAAUAUUUCCACCAACACUACGUAUGGUCAAGUCGUCGCCUUCUUGGAGGAAGCCUUCUCAGGAGAAGGCCUCGAGCUGGAACCAUUGACCUUGCAGAACUUCAAUCCUGAGCCGGCCUUCUUGAACAACGUCACGAACCCGCUUGUCAGAGCUUUCUCCCAGGCCGUUCACACCUUCUGGACCCAGCUUAUCCGAGGCACCAACCAGGAGACCGUCUGCGGCAACACCGGUCGAUGCGAGAGCACGCUCAUCCCACUCAACCACACGUUCGUUGUCCCAGGAGGCCGCUUCAGGGAGCAGUAUUAUUGGGACAGCUUCUGGAUUUUGGAAGGACUCUUGGAAUCCGAGCUCAACGACAUUGCCAAUGCCACCCUGCAGAACUUCAUGGACGAGCUCGAUACCAUCGGCUUCAUCCCUAAUGGUGGACGUACCUACUACUUGAACAGGUCACAACCUCCCAUGUUCAUCCAGAUGCUUGCGCGUUACGUUCAGGUCACCGGUGAUACAGAUAUUCUCGCACGAGGUCUCCCACUGGCCGAGAAAGAAUUGGCAUGGUGGUCCUCGGAGAGAUCCGUUUCGGUCCAGAGCCCUUUUACCAAUCAAACUCAUGAAGUAUAUCGCUAUGCCGUCACGAACAGUGCCCCUCGUCCGGAAUCAUAUCUAACAGAUUACCUCACCGCCAACGAUCCCGAACUCCCUGUGUUGAACGAAACUGAGCGUGCUGACCUUUAUGCUGAAUUGGCCAGUGGCGCUGAAAGCGGUUGGGACUACACUGGGCGAUGGUACUCCCCUGGAGGAACCAGUCUACGAGACCUGCAUGUCCGCUCUACGAUCGCCGUGGAUCUGAACAGCAUUUUGUACCGCAGCCACGUCGAGCUUGCCAAUUUGUAUGGAUCUUCCAAUGAAACUGCUGCGAACAGGCAUCGUGAGGCAGCUGAGCGAAUUCGACAAGCUAUUCUAGAUCUCUGCUGGGACUCUGAGAAGCUCGCAUUCUAUGACUUCAGCAUUCUCACCAAUGACCGGAACGAAUGGUUCACUGCUGCUCAUUACUACCCAUUCUGGAGUGGCAUCAUCCCCGAUGAAGUUUUGUCGAGCGAGGAAGCUGCUUUUGGCGCCUUCUCUUCCCUGAACCUAGUCCUCAACCGUUACAAUGGAACCUUCCCCGCAACAUUUGUUGACACUCACUUGCAAUGGGAUGCUCCCAACUCUUGGCCACCCCACCAGUACAUUGUCCUGCAAGCUUUGCGCGCUUUGCCUGCCAACGUUUCUUCUGGCCCUCUACCUCAGCCCAGCGAUGAUGAGUCAACAUUCUCCCUUGUUCCAGCUGGACAACUGGGUUUGGAGGAAACCGAACUGCCAGGACAGCCUGUGACCUUCAGCCGGAAUGCAAGUGCAACUGGAUCCUCGGCUGAUAUCAACCGCUUGGAUGGCACCGUCUUCAACGGGGGAAAUGCCACGGAAGGUGAAGGAUGGGCCGCCGCCCUCGGUCGUCAAUUAGCCAAUCGUUAUUUCGCGAGCACACUCUGCAGCUGGCAUGCUACAGGAGGAUCCAUCGAAGGCGUUUUGCCCAGGCUGUCGGACGAAGAGCUCGCUGUGACGGAGAGUUUGGACCAAAAUGGACACAUGUUUGAAAAGUUCUCCAACCUAGACAUCGAUUCCGCUGGUAGGGGCGGAGAAUACGUCGUUCAGGCUGGCUUUGGUUGGACGAAUGGUGUUUUGCUCUGGGUCGCGAGCAAUUAUGGCGGCGCCCUGACUACCCCAGAGUGCCCUAAUCUUCUUGAGGUACCCACUGCUCCUAAGCCCGGAUCGGGCUCGGGCUCCGAAGACGAAGAUGGCGGGAGCUUGGGUCGCAUUCAUAACGCCGCCGCCUCCUGGCUAAUUGCAGGACUUUUGUUCUUCUGGAUGUUGUGA